AUGGGAAUAUGGUUGAACCACUCAUUUGUGGACGGCUUCAUCCUUUUGGGGAUCUUUUCUCACAGCCAGAUCGAUGUGGUCCUCUUCUCUGCAGUUAUGGUGGUCUUCACAGUGGCCUUAAGUGGGAAUGUUCUCCUCAUCAUCCUCAUCUGCACAGAUCCUCGACUUCAUACACCUAUGUACUUAUUCCUUAGUCAACUCUCCCUUAUGGAUCUCAUGUUAGUGUGUAAUAUCGUGCCAGCGAUGGCUGCCAAUUACCUGUCUGGCAGAAAGUAUAUUUCCUUUGUGGGUUGUGGCAUACAAAUUGGAUUUUUUGUGUCUCUUGUUGGAUCUGAAGGACUUUUACUGGGACUCAUGGCUUAUGAUCGGUAUGUGGCCAUUAACCACCCACUUCACUAUCCCAUCCUCAUGAGUAAGAGGGUCUGUCUGCAAAUUGUUGGGAGCUCCUGGGCUUUUGGGAUACUAGAUGGAAUAAUUCAGAUGGUGGCAGCCCUGAGUUUACCCUACUGUGGCUCAAGGAAUGUGGAUCACUUCUUCUGUGAGGUGCCAGCUUUAUUGAAACUGGCCUGUGUAGAUACAUCCCUGUUUGACACCCUGCUUUUUGCUUGCUGUGUCUUCAUGUUGCUUCUUCCAUUCUCCAUCAUUGUGGCCUCCUAUGCAAAUAUCCUGUGGGCUGUACUCCAUAUGCAUUCUGCUCAGGCCCGCAAAAAGGCUUUGGCCACCUGCUCUUCCCAUCUGACAACUGUCUCUCUCUUCUAUGGGGCAGCCAUGUUUAUCUACUUAAGGCCUCGGCGCUACCGAACCCCUAGCCAUGACAAGGUGGUCUCGAUCUUCUACACAGUACUGACUCCUAUGCUCAAUCCUCUUAUUUAUAGCUUGAGGAACCAGGAAGUUAUGGGCGCAAUGAGGAAGGGGCUAAAUAAUUGCCGAAUUGGCAACCAGCACUAA